GUGCGCCUAGCGUUGGGAACAAGCCUCACUAGUCGGAUUUUCAACCAGUGAGAAAGACACGUCGAGAGAUUUCAAGCAGGACAGAUCAGAAAUGAACUAUCUAAUGACUUACCACAUCCGAGCACAUUCUGCAGUCGAGACCCAUGAAUAAGGAUUGGGUUGUUUUUUCCACCCUGGAAAACCUGGCAAUAAUUCUCAAUACAUUUGUAUUGCUUUCCGUCUGCAUCAAUUGCUUUAGUUUCGGUCAUUUUUUUGUUAAUUAUCUGGAUGUGAAUUGCUUGUCUUAACAUUUACCCCAAAAUCUGUGUAUGCGGAAUUAUUGGAGUCACUGAGGCAUUAAAGAAAAAACCUGAGGAGAAAUCUUUCCAACAUCAACAUGUUCUUCUGAAGAUGGGACUGAGCGAGGCGAAGAAAAGCUCUCUCAUUUCAAACCACCAUCCAUGCACCAUCGUGAUUUGCCUACUACGUUAUUCCUAAUUUGACUAUUGGAAAAACAUUAAAGUGAGAGUGAAUAAGGAGUGAAGUUAAGAUCAAAACGCGGCGAAGAAACAAUAACAUUCACGAAUUCCUGGAAAAGUAAACUCUUGCUGAAAAGAUAGCAACAAACGUCUUUUGGGACUGAUACUGCGGCUGUGUUGUUCGCGCGUCUCAGAGAAACAAACACACAUGAGCUACUUUAUUUUGUAUUUGUGGAAUUUUCUGUUUAAACUCACAUAGCUUACACCUUUGUUUAGCCUAUUCUACUACCGUGUGGGUUCAGGUGUUAUUCAUGCAGGCUCCCAAAACACGUUGUCCCUGACGGAUUCACCUACAGCCCCUUGGGUUCAAGCACACACGCUUUGUGUCCAGAGAGAAUAUCCCGCAGAUUUUUAUGGGAGUAAAAAGGCGGAAUUCGGGAUUUGAGAUGGCAAGUCGUGGCUGUGAAAAUGGAUUGGGAAUUCUCCUGAUAUUCUUAGUGGAUUUACUCGGGAUCGCGGCGACCAACAUGGAGCCCAUCUACUGGAAUUCCUUGAACAAAAGGUUUAAUGAUGAUAAGGGUUAUGUCCUCUACCCUCAGAUCGGGGAUCGUCUGGACCUCAUCUGCCCAGGUUCGGAGCCCCCAGGCCCCCGGGCCCCUGCCGAAUACGAGUACUAUAAACUAUACCUGGUGUCGUCACGGGAACAGGCAGACAGGUGUGAAGUGACCGGGGCCCCCAACCUGCUGCUCACCUGUGAUAAACCCAACAGCGAUAUGCGUUUCACCAUCAAGUUUCAGGAGUACUCGCCUAACCUGUGGGGCCAUGAAUUUAAAACUAAUCAGGACUAUUUCAUCAUCGCUACAUCAGAUGGGACUCGUCAGGGCCUGGAGAGCAUGAGAGGAGGAGUUUGUGUUACACAGGGCAUGAAGGUGGUGCUGAAAGUGGGACAGAGUCCAUAUGGCCUCCCACCCAAGUCCCCCAAAUCUGACCCAGCGGGCCGUAUCAACAACCAAAAUCCAGGUACUGGAAACAGCACACAUCCCAGAAUUCCCCCUAGAGGACCAGGUGGAGAAAACGGCCCCCUUCCUCCCUCCAACAUCGCGGUUAUUGCUGGCGCAGCCGGAGGUUCGGCGUUCCUCCUUCUCGUCACCGCUGUGAUCUGCGUGGUGUGCUAUCGGCGACGACACGCGAAACAUUCUGAAUCGCACCACCCUCCCCUCUCCCUCUCCUCUUUAACCUCGCCCAAACGAGGCGGAGGUGGAGGAGGUGGCAACAACAACGGAUCGGAGCCCAGCGACAUCAUCAUCCCGCUGCGGACUUCUGAUUCCGCCUACUGCCCGCACUACGAAAAAGUCAGCGGGGACUACGGCCAUCCCGUCUACAUCGUACAGGAGAUGCCCCCUCAGAGUCCCGCCAACAUCUACUACAAAGUAUGAGAACCGGAGAAGACCUUACCGACAUCUACUAUGACCACACCAACCUUAAUGACUACCUAAAUCCCGUCCUUGCCCCACCAGUAGUCCCAGUAGAUCAGAUCCUUUUACCUACACACACACUUCUCCGAUACAGUGACUGUUUAGGGUCGGGUGGGUGAGUGUGUGUGUGUUAUCAUUCCUCACAACUCGCCCCCAACUUUGGCCUUUUGUUAGAGAGAGGAUGUCCUUCUCUCUGACGUCCCACAGGGAACUGUUCUUAAAGCUAGAGAAGACCUCCUGGAGUUAUUCAGGCGACUGAAAAAACACGAAACUCCUGGUUUUAUUGGGGGUGUUUCGGAGCACAAGCAUCAAAACUGUGCUUUUGAUGUAGAAAAAACCCACAAACAAAAUAACUAGAAGGACAUCAUGCGAACUUCGACAUUGAAUGCUACAUUUACUCACACAUAGCAGUUUAGUUUGUGUUUCUACUCCUCGGUAAGGGGGAGGAGCCAUCGAUUCAGCCAAUCAUCGCACAGGGCUUCAAUCACGUGAUCUAGGACCCGUGUGUUGUCGAUUGGCGGAGUUUUAGAGGCGCGAAGAAUCUUGUAUAUUUUAAUAACCGGUGUAUUUUGUGAGUGUGUAGGAUAAAUAUUCCGACACUGCUGUUGCACAUGUAUUUGUGCGCGAGCGCUGAGCUUCGGUAAAACUUGUGAGUGUUUGUUUGUGUGGAUGAGCGCGUGUCUGAGUACAGUUACAGUGUUAGUGUGAACAUGGGCGUGCGUGUUUGUUAGACUGUUUCAAAACCAAAACAUAAAAUAUGAGCGAACAUCAAAAAAGUUUUUUUAUCGCUUUCGAACACAUAGAUUAUAAUUAUAUAUGAAUACUCAGCAAAAUAAUUUUUUUUAGAUUUUUUUCAUGUAAAGUUUUACUGUUUCUUUGCUAGGCCUAAUUUGUUUCUUUAUUUUUUAUUUUUUAUCAACAUGCUGACCUUGUUUCUUCAUCAUUUGUGUUGUAAAUUAAUUUAAUACUUUCAUUCUGUUGCAAAAACCGAGUUUGUUUGGUUCUUUUUUCCAUCUCAGUUUUCCUUUUCCCUGGAGUCUCCUCCGCUCUACACAUAUAUUUUUAUAGCUCCUUGUACUCUGACGUAGUUUUGAAGCUAGACCUCGUUUGUGAACGUGUUGAGGUAGAACAAUCUGAGAGUUUUUUAUUAUUUUUUAAGAUGCUUUUUUGAACAAAAAGGGGAAAAUUGAAAGGAGGGAAGAAACGGAGGGGGGUCAAUAAAAAGAAAAGGGUACGACACCGCCUGAUAGCAAAAAGAAAACUUCUGGAAAGAGUGAAACUGUGAAAGAAUCGCACAUUAAAAGACAAUAAAAUAGCGGGGCGAGAGAUAAAAGAUGCUUAAAGGAGGAAAGAGAGAGCGAGAGAUAGGAAAUGUUUUUAAUAAACUCUUGGAAAAGCUCGUCUGAAGCAGAUGUAGAGAGGUAGAGCGAGAGAGAGAGAGAGAUUCGGAAUGGACCUAAUUCUCUCAGAUGCAGAUGGACAACAGGAUAAAUGGACACACAGAAUUGCUCUUUUAUAGACGCACAGUGCUCUAUUUUGUGCCAAUGAAGUGAGGUGGAAAUAUUUUAAGAGUCAUUUUCAAUUCCGGAGUAUCUCGGAAAACGUCUCAAUAUAACACGGACACGCACCCGCGCUCGGAGACAGAUUCAAUGGCCAUCGCACACAAAAAAGCUCUUGUGAAGAGGCGGCUUUUCAUCUCAAACACACGUGCGCGAGCAGACCGAAUACACAAUCGAAAGCCAUCACGAUUAGGCAUAUAGUUUCCGUAAAAAUACUGUGCAUUGCUCUUUUUCUCUCUUUCUCUCUCAUUCUCACACAUUCAUGCAUUAACACAAUACUUUGUUCCAUUGAAAAUAAUUGCGAGGUUGAAACAUACUCUGUGCAAGUACAUAAACAUUAAUGCAUAACAUAAAUGAGCUCCAGAAUGUUGCAUUCAGUUUGAAGGGAAUUGAUUAAACUUUUGACGUAUUUAUACAUAGCCAUCUAAAUAAUAGCAUUUUGGGGUGGUUUCCCGGACAGAAUUUAGAUUAAUUCAGGACUAAGCCUAAGAUAUAUUAAGACAUAUAUUAGGACAACAUUACUGGUGUGCAUCUUGAGACAAUAGCACUGAUAUAUGUUAAGAUAUGUCAGUACAAGGUGUGGUGUUAAGGGAUUGGGAUCCAGGAAACCCCACCAUACAGUUUAACCCCCCCCCAUUUUGUUAUUUCACACUUACAGAAAAACACAUGGUAAAUAUGUUAAACACUACCGCAUUUCCAAUCCAAGCAUUGCUGUCUGUGUUUCUGUAAUUGUAUGGAGUAUGUUUCUGUCUUAAAGACUUCAGAUUGUGUUCUGCUGCACAGCCAUUGUCACAGUAUGUGUUCGUAUGCGUGUAAAGGAAUGUUAUCAUGGAAAAAUACAGUGCAUAGACACACAAGCCAUUUAUACCCCAAAAUGUGGUAGUUUUACUUUGCAGAUGUGUUUUUGUGACCGAUGUUGGGACUGAACAAUGGAUUAAUGUUUUCGACCUGCCUAUAGAAAGCUUAAAUAUUUGUCUCUCAGAAACAUUGAGUUUUGUAUCAAGCAUCAAGACUGUGAGAAAUCGUUUUUACUGUCACAAUGUUUUCUCUUACACAAGAAUUUGGAUUUUGUUACUUUAAAUCGAGUUGCCUAAAAUGUGGAGGUGUUACAUUUGUUUGCCACUGUUGUAUUUGUGGGCUGUUACAUGCACAUUUAAGUGUUCGGUUUCCGUUCAGGUUCUGUUAAAAAUACAAAAAAAGUGUAAGCCAUGUCUCUGGCCCUGUGCACAUGGACUUGGACACGCGUGCGUUCGCGCGCAGAUGUCCAAAAAUCUCACGAGCGGGAAGCCGUGGACAUCGCACAUUGACAGACCGAUGUGAAGGGGAGCGUUCGCAGGCGCUGAAACUCUCCGCCCACCUCCGAUUCUUUUUUAGGUCCUGUUUAUCGAACAUCUGGCCUCGAAAAGCUUCAUCAUCUGUCAUUUACAUUGAGCGGUUCUUUGUGCGCUUGCUUUCGCCACGAACGCUGGGCCCAGUAAUCUGUACGCAGACAAAAGCGGGGACGAACCACAAAGUGUGUAUUUUUGUAGAGAACGCUUCAGUGUGUGUACGUGUUUCUCUGUGCCAAUAGCCAGCGGGUGGCGGCCAUUUUAAAGACCUCCAUUCCUCUCCAGUGAUGUGUUCAGACGUUUGUAAAACACCAUGUUUGUGUGUGAUGUUUUCUUUUUGUGUCCACACCUCACCACCACCACCACAAGCCCUCUCUUGAUUUCCCUCCUGCAUACAUGCCUUUUAAAAGGUUAAACAACUAAUACAUUCCUUUGAAGAAAUGUUGAUUAAAAA